AUGGCCUCAAUGAGUCGAGCCUAUCAAGGGCUCCGAAACACUUUUAAAGACAAACAUGGCAAGUCCGCAGGCCACAUGCUUCGAGACACCAUUCAGGCUGUGGCGCUGGCCGUUCAUCCUUACUUGAAGGUGGUUAUUCCCAACUUCAGAGCGGCACACUAUUUCUACAUCAUCUUCAUGACCUUCUUGGGGUCGGUAAUUGUAUAUCCAAUUGCCAAUUUUGCAUACAUUGACAUCUUGUUUCUCAUGUCGGGUGCCGCCACUCAGGCCGGUUUGAACACUGUCAACUUGAACGAACUACGGCUUCUGCAGCAGAUAUUCGUUUACAUAUUCACCACGUUGUGCACACCAAUUUUCAUCCAUAGCUCCUUGCUUUGCAUCCGUCUCUUCUGGUUUGAACGCCAGUUUGACAACAUCAAAGAAUCCUCGAAGCUAGAUCACAAAAUGAGAAAGAGCGCUACUUUAGCAGCUCGUUCAAAUACAAAGGACUCCACAAGAAUGAAUACAGCCACAAAUCAAGAGCUUGGCUUAGAACAUCAAAGCCUGCCACAAAAAGAGGUGUCCUCAAGCUCCUCACCAGCAUCAUCACGCAUCAAUGAGAAGACGAACGCAACAAACGUUGCUUCCAGUCCGAAGCCUGCCGACCAUGCCAUUCGUUUUGACAACCUACCACAUCCGUCAAAAAGAAGAGAAGAGGUCGAGCCAUCUGAUAUGUAUAAGUCGAUCGCCAUGUUGCAAAACAAACACACCAGAAAACUAAGUUUUGCUGACGAAGACGUCUUGGUCAUCAAGUCUCCGAAGGAAAUUGAGAGAGAUAAAAACACACCCAUUUUUACGCGAAAGCAUCUGAUAUCAUUUUCUCCUCGAGGCAAAAAAAAAUGGAGGCUUAGAAGAGGCAGAAGAAGGGGCAACUGGGAGAAACUCAAACGGACCAUUCUGAAUAGCUCCUCUGGAAGGAGAUCGAAGAAAGGUUCGAAAAAGCCUGUUGAUGAAGACGCUGAUAAUGUUUCUAUUGACAGCGAGACUCAUGACCGGUGCAAAGAGAUGAAGGAUACUCUCAAGUUUGUCGAUGCCGUUGAAAAUAGUGACGACCAGGCUCAAUUGGAUAAUAUGGAUUUGAGUGAUGACGAUGCUGACUUGCAUGUUCGCUACGACAACGCAUAUUUGAGCGGCCAUCUCGAUCACGAUGAGUCAUUUGAUGACGAAGAUGACGAUGACCAUGACGAAGAGGAUGACGAUGACGAUGUCCUCUGCGAUGACGAUGAAGAUGAUGACGAUGAUGAUGACGAUGCAAUUGAUAAUGAUGAAGAUGAAGAUGAAGAUGAAGAUGAAGACAUUGACGAUGAUAUUGAAUACAGAGCCAAUCUCACGGACAACAGUCAAGCAAUCAUCGAUUCGGAUGACGAGGAUGAUGAAGCUCUAGAUCCAAGGCAAGCAGCCCCAAAACCCGGCCCUGGUGAGCAUAUCGAGACUGCAGUUCCUUCUAAUCGUGUGACCAAAUUUUCUGAGCCUGAAAAGGUUCCUCGCGAAAGAAAAGCACACAGAAGGAAAGCAAUCAGAAGGUGGAGAACCCCUCUUUUGAUCUCAAGCUCCAACACUUUGAGAAACACUCCAAGUGCUGAUGGCGCAAUCAGAGACGACUCAGAUGAAGAGCUGGAUGAACUGGAGGACGAUAAUCGUUUAACUCGGCAGAUGAGCACAAACUAUCUUUCGUGGACACCCACAGUGGGAAGAAAUUCUACUUUCGUGCAUCUUACAGAAGAACAAAAGAAUGAGCUUGGCGGGGUUGAGUACAGAGCUGUCAAGCUAUUGUUCAAAAUCUUGGCCGUGUACUAUAUCGGUUUUCAUGCCAUGGCUUUCUGCAUGCUUAUUGGUUUCAUCAAAGUUGAUGAGAGCAAGGCUGCUGAGAUGAGAACAUUUGGCUUUUCUCCCAUUUGGUGGGCGUUUUUCACCGCCCAAUCAACAUUCAAUGAUUUGGGACUCACAAUCACACCAAACUCAAUGUCUAGCUUCAAUGAGUCGCCAUACGUUUUGAUUGUUUGCUCGUUUUUUAUUGUCAUCGGCAAUACCGGCUUUCCUGUCUUACUUCGUUUUUUGAUUUGGUUACUCUUCAAGAUUGCCAGACCGAUGUCAUUGUUCAAAGAGUCUUUGGGUUUCCUUUUAGAUCAUCCAAGAAGAUGCUUCACCCUUCUCUUUCCUUCUAUCCCCACCUGGUGGCUUUUCCUUAUUUUGGUUGUUUUGAACGCUGUGGAUUUGGUUCUUUUCGUCAUUUUGGAUUUGAAUAACGAUUCGUUGAGUUCAACUCCCAAAGGACUCAGGGUACUUGAUGGAUUAUUCCAGGCUUUCAGUACGCGAACAGCUGGAUUUAGUUGCAUUGAUUUGUCACAAUUGCAUCCUGCUGUUCAAGUCAGUUAUAUGAUCAUGAUGUACAUUUCCGUGCUUCCUUUGGCUAUUUCCAUCAUAAGAACCAACGUUUACGAGGAGCAGUCAUUGGGCAUAUAUUUGAAGGCGGCAGAAGAAGGAGAAGAUCCGGAGGCCACGCCCAAGAACUUCAUUGGCACACAUUUAAGAAAUCAAUUGUCUUUUGACUUGUGGUUUGUGUUCUUGGGCUUGUUCAUCAUCUGCAUUGCAGAAGGUGGGAAGUUACAAGCUAAUGAUCUUCGGUUUAGUGUCUUCGCAGUCAUGUUCGAGGUGGUGAGUGCCUAUGGUACCGUCGGGUUAUCCUUGGGUUACCCAAAUGUGAACCAGUCGCUUACGUAUAAGUUCACGACUGUUUCCAAAUUGGUUAUUAUUGCCAUGAUGAUAAGAGGUCGUCACAGAGGUUUACCCUACUCGCUUGACAGAGCCAUCAUGUUGCCUGACAAGCAUAUGCGUCGCAGAGACAGAGUGCAAGAACACCAUGCAAUUCAGCGUGCUACAACAUUGGAAUCAGUUCCUACAAGGGACACUUUCCGCGAGGAAGGUGUAUCUGGAGCAGUUCGGGGGCUUACUAAGGCCAUCACUCGAACCGCGGCAUCAUACCGUAGAAACUCUCUUUUCCCCGCUCCAACAAGAUUGGAGUCGGAAGAGAGACAGGCCAGAGAAAGAAGAGAAUACCUUUACAAAAAGUCCUUGGAGCUUCAGGAAACUGCUCAGCUUGAGAAGAGACAAAAACUCAAGGCAGCACUUGCAUCGGGAAAGCCCCUCUCUAAAGAGCUUAGCGAAGACACUGAGCUUCACAAGAAUUUCAGAUACGAUGAAAGUGAACAAGUCGAUAUCGACGACGAAUACUCCGCCAUGAGCGGUAUCAACGACCCCAAGAUUAUUGUGACUACUUCAAGGAAUCCAUCUGCCAAGUUACUACAAUUCUCCAAGGAGAUCAAGUUAAUGUUUCCCAACUCCAUGAAGUUAAACAGAGGUACCUAUGUCAUUCCAGAUCUCGUGAAGCUGUGUUCAAGAGCUAACAUAAACGAUCUUAUCGUUCUUCAUGAGCACAGAGGUGUCCCCACUUCCCUCACUGUAUCGCAUUUCCCACAUGGUCCAUCAGCCGUUUUCACAUUGCAUAACGUCAAAUUGAGACACGAUUUACCAAAUAUCGGUAACAUUUCUGAGGUAUACCCACAUCUCAUUUUCGAGAACUUUUCUACUGUAUUAGGCCAGCGUGUGGUGAAGAUCCUCAAGCAUUUGUUUCCCCCAGGAGCGAAGAAGGACAGCUCAAGAGUGAUUACUUUUAUCAAUAACGACGACUUCAUCAGCGUCAGGCAUCAUGUUUUUGUUAAGACGAAAGAUGGUGUAGAGCUUAGUGAAGUGGGCCCAAGAUUUGAAAUGAGACUUCAUGAGCUCAGGCUCGGUCUUCUUGAUAAUAAGGAUGCCGAUGUUGAGUGGAAGACGAGACGCUUUGUCAGAACUGCCAACAGGAAAAACUACUUGGCUGAUUAA